AUGCCAGUUCGUACCUAUUUUGACAUUAAUAUUGGUGGCCAACGCGAAGGGCGAAUAGUUUUUGAGCUGUUCGACAAUGUAGUACCAAAAACUGCCGAAAACUUUCGCGCUCUUUGCACAGGCGAAAAGGGUGGUAUAUUGCAUUAUAAAGGAUCUAAAUUUCAUCGUGUGAUAAAGGUCAGAAAUUUUAGCGAAAUUAUUGAGGUGAUUUCACAAGAGGCGACGGUACUGGUGGUGAAAGUAUUUACGGAGAAAAGUUUGCAGAUUUCAUUUCCCGAUGGAUUUGGAAUAGACGAAAAUUUUGAACUUAAACACGAUCAACCCUUUCUCUUAUCGAUGGCGAACGCGGGAAAAGAUACGAAUGGUUCACAAUUUUUCAUUACUACAAAUAAAACGGACCAUUUAGACGGAAAACACGUCGUCUUUGGCAAAGUCAUAAAGGGUAAAUCA